CAAUGAACCUUAGUUAUGAUUUAGCGACAGUCACAAAUCCAGUAGAUGAUGUACCUCCUUUAGGACUAUCAGUUUGUCAAUAAGUUUAUCUAGAAUUGGCAAUGUUAGGAAUGAUAGCUAUUCCAUGGAUAAGUUUGAAAUUAUCAUAAUGAAUAGCUUUAUCUAUAACAACCUCGGCACUAUUAUGUUUGUUAACAUACAUGAUAAUAAUAAUUCUGGUGAUAUACUUUUACAUAUUUUUUAUGGCACAAGGAAAAAGAGUAUUAGAAUUUUACAUGGCAGGUAUAAUAAAUAAAAUAAUGAGGGUGAAUUUAUUUUCAAAAAGGAGAAUACCUAAUUAUUGAUUUUGUCUACUAUAAUAACCUUUAUUUCUUUUUUUACCCUUACAAUUUUAUUUCUCUCUGCAUAAAACACGAGAAUCUAUAAAUCAUAUUUUGAUGAAUCAAAUACUUCAUAUAUGGUAUUAUUUAUGACAUUAUUUGUUAUUGGUUUGGGAAUAUUGGAAGAGUAUUAUUGGAGAAGUAUAUCAAUUAUAUAAUUAAACCUAUUAGAUUUUAUGAUCAAAACACUUCCAUCUGGAUGGAUUACAUCUUUAUUUGUUGGUUUACAUUUUGCAUUUCUUGUUAUGAUGAUAACAAGUUCCAUUGUAGAAUGGCAAUAUUGUAUAUUAUUGGGAGUAUUAUCAGUAAUAUGGCAUAUGGUAAUGGUUUAUGUAAGAAAGGUAUAUCAUAAUAAUAAUAUACUUAUAGUUACUUAAAUUUUCAUCAGUUAUAGUGUAUGGAAUUGCUGCAAGAUUUGGCAUCUACUCUGCAUUUUAUAUAUUAUUUUUGAACAUUAAAUUAGGUUGA